AAAUAUGUUUUGAUCAGAAGUUGAGGAUAUGAGAUAAUUUAUGUUGUAUUAAGUGAUUAAUAACGAUUCAAAUCUGAAAAAUUCCUUUCUCUUUAUUCACAAUACAUCAUGCCCUGCAAAAUGGCAACAAGCUUCUAGCUGUCUUUUGAUAUAAAAUUAUAGAACACAUCCAGUGAGGCAAGACCACCUAACACUAAACACCAUGGUCAAGUGGUUAGCACUCCUGCUUUAUGUUCGGGAGGUCCUAGGAUCAAAUCUCAGCCCGUGGCCGGAGGUAUUUCGUGGUGUUCCACAGUUCUUCCAGGCAAAUGUCAUUAUUCACUAUCAUCCUCUCAUUUGAUGCAAUCUGAGCUACUGAAAAAGUUUUCUUAAAUGAGAGAACAAGAAGACUACAUCCAGUGGUGUUCAUUAAAGUUUUCUUCAGUUCUUGCAUAAAAAUGGCAGUAUAUGGAUCAUGACUGCUUGUUGCUGAGUCAUUUCUAACGUACCAUUGCAAUAGAAAUAUUCUCAUAUAAUUUUUUAUUCCUUAAGAAGAAAUGGCAACUCUUUCCAGGACCUGCUGAAAAUAAGAUCAGGUUAACCUUUACAGUUAAUUUUCUACAAAUGAACACAAAUAAUUAAAUAUAACAAAUUUAUAUCAAAUUCAGGAAGCCAAUUUUUGAAGCAUGGAAAGUAAUUAUAGACCCACUGAAUUAAUUAUGUAGUUCAGUAGAUGGGAGAUCUCACUGAAAGAAAUUUAAAUUGCAAGGUACCUUGGUCUUUUAAUUCCUUGAACGUCUGUGGGACAUCGUACUUGAUUAAGGUGUGUGAAAGUGACAUAUGGGAUAUUAAGUUGUAAAAUUUUACACUGAAUUUAAUUAUAAAUUAUUUAAAUCACCUGAUUAUGUACUUGUGUUCUACAAGAUCAUUGCAGGUUAAGGUCAUGACUUUUUUUUAACCUUUAUCGAAUGAGAAUAGAAGAUUUAAACCCUAUACUAUUGGGGUUUCUAGCCAGAAUUUAACCCUGAGGUUAAAAAUUUAGUAGGAUGCUAGUGACAUGUGGUGAGCUAGACUACUUAUAAGAUGUGACACACAGUCAAUGAAGGUUAAAUUAGAAUAUUGCAGCUUCUGCAAGAGAAAGUUGUGGUAUUUGCUUUCCUUACUGGACAUUUGACAUCAGUGUCUAAAAAUCUGAGUGUUUGUGCACAUAUAGUUGAAUUAUUUUUAAUGUGCAAGAUUGGUUUGGUCUGAUAGGUCUUUGUAAUAAAAGGAACACUUUAAAACAUAGAACUAAUACAUUUAGAUUUAAAUAUGAAGCUAAUGUCACCAAGAAUGAAAAAAAUUCUCGGUGUAGAGGAACAUCGUGAAGCCAAGGAAUUGCUCGAAUUCAACCUCCGAACUCUUCGUAUAUUGGGGCUCUGGAAAUGGGAUGUACCUCACUGGAGAUAUCAUAAAGCAUUUGCAUUUUUAGCUAUCAUAGCACUGAUUCUGUUUAACAUAACACAAAUUUGUGAUGUCUAUAUUCACAUAAAUAGCAUAGAACACAUAACAAAAUUACUUUUAUCUAUUGUAUUCAGUAGCCUUGUUGCAUUUAAGAACUGUUACUUACUUCUUAGAAGUGAUGAUGCCUCUGAACUUAUUGAUCAACUACAAAACAAAUUUUUCACAAGUGGGCGACGGCCAACACCGCAGCAGACAAUAAUCCUGAAUAGAUAUGCAGCAAGAGCGAAGCUGUAUACUAUCAUAAGAACCAGUUUGGCACUCUGUACAGCUACACUUUGGAUUUUAUCUCCCAUUAAAGAAAUGUUGUUGGAAUAUGCUGAAGAGUUGCAUACUCGUCAGUAUGGUGAUGAUGUGAAGUCUAACAGCAGUAAAAUGUCUAUUCUGAAAUUACCAUUUGUUGCAUACUAUCCAUUUGAUGUAGAAAACAACUUUCUGUAUUUCAUUCUUACAUAUAUCUAUCAGGCAUUUUGUGGUCUUGCUGUCUUUAUUUCAUUACCGACUUGGGAUAUGUUGUUUGUUUCUGUAUUUAUUCAUACUUCUGGACAUUUCAAAGCACUGCAACAUGUUCUGAUCCACUUGCGUGAAGAUGCUGGAGAAGCGCUGGAAGUGGAUGGGAAUCAACUUGAUCAAGACGUGCGGGUGUCUGAACACACCGUUAGUGAUGGCAACAAGUUCUGGACAGCGGCAUUCCAUUUGAAAGAAAAUUACGAUGGUAAAGGAAUUAGAAAUGAUGGAAGAGAAAUGCAGUCUGCGUCAAUGGAACAGAAGUUAGACAGACCGAUGCAACACAUCCUGAAGAAUUGCGUUCAGCAUCACCAAGUCAUUUUGAGUCUAUUAAUAUGUUACAGCUUUGUGAAGAAGUUGGAAGCUUUUUUAAAACCAGUCAUGCUGAUGCAGCUUCUUGGUAGCGUGAUUGCCUACUGUGUGUUAGGCUUUCAAAUGUCAGUGAUUCCGAUUCAUGGCGAGGGUACUAAGUUUGUGACGUUAUGCGGCUCGUUUGUAUCAGCUCUCCUCGAGCAAGGAAUGUUUUAUUGGUUUGGAGGGGAACUGUUGGAAGCGAGUUCUGAGACUUUAAAUGCUGCGUAUCACUGUGAGUGGUACACUACAAAUAUCAAAUUCAGGAAACACCUGCAUAUAUUAAUGGAAAGAGCCAAGAGACAAGUGAAGCUCACAGCUGGAGGUUUCUCAACCUUGACUCUUGAAAAUUUUACAAAAGUGAUACAGUCGUCGUACCAGUACUUUGCUAUGCUAAAGGCAGUGCAUAAUAAAGAUACUGACUGAUACUUGGAACGCAAAGUAAUGACACAGUUAUUUACAAGUUAUUUAGUAAUAGUUCUUCUGCUACAAGUCUUGCGGAGACAAAUGAGUUUCAGACUGGAGACAUUUUGGAGAGGAGAAUUUCUUUUUGGUUUCUGGUAGAGUACCAUCAUAAUAUGUAACCAGAAACAUAUUAUAAUUGCUAUUUUUCUUGUUCUAAUUUCUUAUUACGCGUUCAUCAUGUUCUGGCUUUUGCAAAGAACACCUAAUGGGCUGGCCAUGUCUGUCUGUCUGUUCAUCUGAUUAAACUGAAGAGCCACUGAAUGGAUUUUGAUUAAAUUUGGCAUCGACAUUAUGCUAUUGGAGUGUAGUCUAAAAUUGUACUUUUCAGUCUGCUACAAUCAGCAGUAGAAACAUGGUAGAGGGCAUUUUGUUGUUAUUUGUUGAAUGACAGUGACCUCAGAUCAUGUGGUGUAACAAUGGCCUAAGGUUCGUGAAUGAGUAAGAUUUGA